AUGGGCAAAAAUGGAACGUCCAGCCAAAUAGAUGACGAGGAAGAGGUGACUCGGAUGAAUACUGUGGCCGCCAGAAGCCAGGGGGGCAAUGAAGAGGUGGAGCUCAGAAAGCUGUUUGAAUUGGAGGUGCAACAGAGAGAAGAUGAGCUAGCGACGAGAGAGGAAAUGGGGAGGUCAUUCCAGUCGUCGCAGCAGCAUCCGAACACAACAGGCCACAAAUCCACUGGACAACAAACCAAAGAAGAAGUAGAAAAGGGAGAUAAUGCCUUUAAUUUGAAGGAAGUACAAGAUCAAAUAUAG